AUGGCGGGCGGUGACGGCAAUGACAGGUACGUGGUCGACAAUGUCGGUGACGUCGUCGUGGAGGCAGCCGGCGCGGGCACUGACGAGGUCGCGCUGGUGGCGGCCGCGACCUACACGCUCCCCGACAACGUGGAAGGCCUGCUGGGCUCCGCUGGGGCAGACGUCCUGACCGGCAACGCGAUCAACAACAAGAUCAAUGGGAGGGCAGGGGACGACACGAUUUCUGGCGCUGGCGGCAACGACUGGCUGCUGGGCGGCCUCGGGAAUGACAUCCUCAACGGGGGCGACGGCGACGAUGCAGCAGAGGGCAAUGGUGGCUCUGAUACGAUAAGCCUUGGCCCUGGCAACGACGUGUUCAUGUACCGCCGCCGCGACGGCCAGGACGCGUCCAUCGACGGCGGGGAGGGCUCGGGGGACACCCUCUGCCUGGAGGGCAAGCCCAGCACCUACACAGUCUGGAUCAACGGCGCCAAGAACCCCGACCGCAACCGCGCGGUGGUGCCGAUCGCCGGCUCCAAGGUAGACGUGUUUGUGGGCGGCCGCGUGCCGCGGGCGAAUAAGGCCAAGGGCAUCGCGACAACUGACCCGGCGACAGGGUACAUGAAGAUCAUUGGUUUUGAGUUCAUCCGCUUUGUGGGGAUGCGAGACACUGGCAGCGGAGCUCUGGUGUGCUAG